UAUGUAAAUAUUGCAAUACUCGAUUUAGCCAAUGAACUUGAGGUGCAUCUUGCAAAAGAAUGUGAAGAUGAAAGCAUUGAUGAUGAAAUAAGAAGCAAAUAUCUUGAAAUUGCAGUUCAGAGACAACUAUCAAAAGAAAAACUAAAGGAAGCAAUUAAUUGUACAAUUAUUAAAGCCUUUGCUAUGUGUAGACUUCCAUUUUCCAUAAUUAAGAAUCUAUGGUUUAUCGAUAUACUUAAAUCUUUACAAUCUUCAUAUGUACUACCUAUUUAUGAAUAUCUUUCUAAUAUAUUAUUAAAUGAAGAAGUGAUUAAAAUUAAUUGGGAGACUGAAAAAUACUUAAAUACUGCAGAUAACUUGACACUUGGUAAUUAG